AUGGUGUUGCUGUUUUUUUUUUUUUUCAGUGAACGGGUGAAAGAGAACCAGGAUACCUUGGAAGAGGGCACGACUCGCAACUUUAUUGACGGUUAUCUGAAGCAAAUUAAGGAGCACAAAAACGACUCCAAUACACACUUUCGGGAGCGCCAUCUACUAGGCUGUGCCUUGGAUUUCUUUACGGGUGGCGUGUCUACACCGCCUUAUGCGGCACAUUGGAUUCUGCUCGUCUGUGCCCAGAACCCUGACACGGUGCAGUCGAGGAUCCAUGCGGAAAUCGACCGCACCGUUGGUCGCAACAGACAGCCCGCUUGGAAGGACCGGUUGGAGAUGCCCUUCACCACGGCCAGCAUGUGGGAGAUACUGCGAUGGAGAACGGAGAGUUCGCUCGGGAUACCCAGAGGAGUAAAAGAAGACAUAAUCCUUGGCGGGUUCAAUAUUCCUAAAGGCACCGUGGUCUUACCAAACACCAACGGAAUGAAACGCAAUCCCGAUCUCUGGAAACGACCCGAUCACUUUGAUCCUACCAGAUUUCUAACACCAGAUGGCACUGAACUUAUUAAAAAGCCAGAAUACCACCUUCCUUUUUCAUUCGGUAAAAGAAUGUGUCCUGCGGAGUCGUUGGCUAACGUGCAGAUAUUUCUGUACACGACCUGCCUGCUGCAGAAGUACAGCGUCCAUCCCGAAGAAGGCCGACAGCUGCCCUGCCUGGAUCCCCUCGUCACAAGGGGACAUUACGCAGAUAAUCAGAAGUUGCGAUUUGUCCCUCGAGAGUGA